UGCCAGCAGGUGGUAGAGCACGACGAGCCCCCCAGUGAUGGUUAACAAUUCAACAACUGACAUUUUCACCGUGUGACGGACGAGUGUCGGCUGCAGCGCAGGGACUGGAGGAGACUGGCUGAAAACUAAUGGUCGGCCUCAGUUUGGUUCCAUGUUGUCACCUCUCCAGUUCUGGACUGACGGCGUGCUGAGUGCCAAAGGAGAGCGUCCAUCAACCAGACUGACCCCAGACGUGUCAGGAGCAUCAGCAGCUGACUGACCGUAUGGCCAAUCACAGGGACUCUCACCUCCCCCACAACCUGUCCUUCCACCCGCGAUGGAACCAGAACUCCUUCAAAGUCGGCAGAAGGAAAAACAAACGCUCGGUGGCGAUGAACAGCUGCAGCGACUGUAGAGUGUUUCAAUCGCCGUCGCCGCCGCCAUCGUCCACCGUGAGGCGGUGCAGGAGCCGCAAGGGUAUCUGGUUUCUUCUGCCCCUGCUUGUUGCCUCGUUUAUGCCCUGCCAUGCCUGGGCAACCACCUUCAAGAUAGUCCUGGUGGGUCCCUGGACAUGUGACCUCUUGUACUCUAAAUCCUUACCCGACACCGUAGCCCGCCUGGCGACCACCCGCAUCAACAAGGACCCCCACCUCAACAAAGGCUACUGGUACGAUUACACCAUCGUCAACGAGGACUGUAAGUCGUCCCGGGCUCUGGCUCGGUUCUCGGAGCUAAAAAGUUACGGUGCUGCCUUCCUGGGCCCCGCCAACCCGGGGUACUGCUCCUCCGCCGCUCUGUACGCAAAACAGUGGGACCUGGGCAUCCUGUCCUGGGGAUGUCUGAAACCAGACAUGAACCAGGGGGGGGCGUACCCCACCUUCCUCAGGCCGCUGCCCCUGUCUGCUCACGUGCUCUUCACCGUGCUGCGGUUCUUCCGUUGGGCCCACGUGGCUAUAGUUUCAGAGGAGACCGACGUCUGGGAAGCCACGGGGCAGGAGCUGGCCUCGUCACUGAGGGCCCUGGGUCUGCCCGUCCACCCUGUGGUCACCAUGGAGAACAACGAGGACGGGCCACGCAGGGCGCUGACCAAGAUACGGGAAGCAGACCGGGUCAGAGUGAUCAUCAUGUGCAUGCCGUCUGUGCUCAUCGGAGGCCAGGCUCAGCACCGGCUCCUGACCACCGCACUGACCAUGAGAAUGAUCGACCGGGGCUACGUCUUUAUUCCCUACGACACCCUCCUGUACGCCCUGCCGUACAAGGACGUAAACUACUACGCUCUGGGCAACGACACGCGGCUGAGGAAGGCGUACGACGGCGUCCUCACCGUCACCAUGGACUCUGGAGAACGUAACUUCUAUGAAGCCUACGCCGACGCUCAGAACAGCUAUGAAAUCCGCAGCAGCGUCUCAGCAGAGGAGGUGUCUCCAUUUUUUGGCACCAUCUACAACAUGAUGUAUUACACGGCCAUGGCCGCUGAACAAGCACGUGCCCACGGAGGACGCUGGGUAACUGGGCACGUCCUGGGCGGAAGUGAGGGCGGUUUUGAAUUUGAAGGUUUCAACCAGCGGCUGCGAGCCGGCAGGAACGGAGAGGGCAUGCAGGCGCGCUACGUGGUUCUGGACUACAGCGGGAUGGGAACGUCGCUCUACUCCACCCACUCGUUGGACGCCGCUCACACGGAUUCCAAAACGGGGGGUUUGAAAUACCUGGGCCGCUCCAUCCACUUUGCAGGAAGUACGCCCUACAGAGACACCAGCUGCUGGUUCAGCCCGCACUUCGCCUGUGGUGGAGGCAUGGACUCGGUCACUUACUUCUUCGUCCUGCUCCUGUUGGUCUCGCUGGUCGGUGCUGCCGUCAACGUCUACCUCCAUUUUAGGAGAACCGGGAGAGUCGGCUUCACCUUUGGCGGAGGUGACGACGACGGUCCGACGAAGAUCGUCCUGACGCUGGACGACCUGGUCUUCAUCAGCACUCAAGUCAGCAAGCGGAAGAUCACGGACGAGAGCAUCCUGAGAAGUCAGCUGGACAUGAAGACGCCUCAUCACUCCGUGUCCGGUCGCAGCUACAUGGCCUCCAGCCCCGACAACUCCAACGUGGCUGUGUUUGAGGGCGACUGGGUGUGGCUGAAGAAAUGUCCGGCCGGUUCUGUGUCAGGUGUGGCCAGCAGCACCGAGAACAUCUUUGUCAAGCUCAGAAACAUGAGGCACGAAAACCUCAAUCUGUUCCUGGGUCUGUUCUGCGACUCGUCCAUAUUUGGAAUAGUGACUGAACACUGCUCCAGGGGCAGCCUGGAGGAUCUGCUCAACAACGAGAACGUGCGUCUGGACUGGAUGUUCAAGUCGUCUCUGCUGAUGGAUCUGAUCCGGGGAAUGAAGUAUCUGCACAAUCACAACAUCGUCCACGGACGCCUCAAAUCCCGGAACUGCGUGGUCGACGGACGCUUCGUGUUGAAGGUGACAGAUUAUGGAUACUGUGCAAUUUUGAAUGGACAGGAAAUCGACGUCGACGAGGACCAACCAGAGAAUUUACUGUGGACGGCUCCUGAACUGCUGAGGAGCUCCAGUCUGAGGAGGCGGGGCUCCUUCUACGGAGAUAUCUACAGCUUCGCCAUCAUCGUGCAGGAGGUCAUCACUCGCUCCUCGCCCUUCUGCAUGCUGGACAUGCCUCCCAAAGAAAUUAUCAGCAAGGUGAAAGAACCCCCUCCCCUGUGUCGGCCCACCGUGUCAGUGGAGGAGGCUCCUCUGGAGGUCAUACAGGUCAUGAAGCAGUGUUGGAGUGAAGAACCUGACAGGAGGCCGAACUUUGAGGACAUCUUUAAACAGUUCAAGAACAUCACCAAGGGCAAGAAGACCAACAUCAUCGACUCCAUGCUGCGGAUGUUGGAGCAGUACUCGUCCAACCUGGAGGAUCUGAUCAGAGAGAGGACGGAGGAGCUGGAGCUGGAGAGACAGAAGACUGACAACUUGGUGGCUCAGAUGUUGCCCAAAUCCGUGGCUCAGGCUCUGAAGACGGGGAAGCCCGUCAUACCUGAACACUUCAGUGAGGUCACUCUUUACUUCAGUGACAUCGUGGGCUUCACCACCAUCUCGGCCCUGAGCGAUCCCAUCGAGGUGGUCGACCUUCUCAACGACCUCUACACGUGCUUUGAUGCCAUCAUUGGGCUGCACGACGUCUACAAGGUGGAAACUAUCGGCGAUGCCUACAUGGUGGCUUCAGGGGUUCCUGCCAGGAACGGCAACCGUCACGCGGCUGAGAUGGCCAACAUGUCCCUGGACAUCCUCCACUGCAUCGGGACCUUCAAGAUGAGGCACAUGCCGGAGCUGAAAGUCAGGAUCCGCAUCGGCCUGCACUCAGGCCCGGUGGUGGCGGGAGUGGUGGGUUUGACGAUGCCUCGCUACUGUCUGUUUGGAGACACCGUCAACACGGCGUCGAGGAUGGAGUCCACAGGGUUGCCUUACAGAAUCCAUGUCAACCAAAGCACAGUUGACGUCCUGAACAGCUUGAAACUGGGAUAUAAACUCCAGGUCAGAGGCAUGACGGAGUUAAAGGGUAAAGGGAUUGAGACCACCUACUGGUUGGUGGGAAGAGAAGGCUUUAACAAACCCCUCCCUGCCCCUCUAGGCAACGCAGGGGGCAGUAACCAUGGUAUCAGCUUAGAUGAGAUCCCUGUUGACAGAAGACAGAAAUUCCUGGAUCGACAGAAGAUGAUGGGAUAGAGUGACCUUUGACACUGGAACUUCCUGACUGAGGAAUCAUGUACUGUAUGUCCCAAAGACUGGGUGGGGUCCCACAGACAAUUCACUGGGUGAUUAUUCAGGUUGCAGCGACAUAAAAAAAAAAUCGUUAAAUAUUGCAGUACUGAUGAAGUGCAGGUUCAAAUGGAGAGAGUGUUAAUGUAAAAUUACUGCUAGACGUACUGCAAACACCUCCACUGGUACUGUUUACUGAUGUUAGAGAAAUACAUCAUCAAAUAUAUUUGACCUCUAACAGCAAUAUUUGAAUUUUUAAACAAACCUGAAAAUACAUUUGGCCCAAAUCGCUGUAAAGACUGAGACUGUGGAUUAUUUAUAGACUCCUGUCUGAGACGACGUCGGUCACAUGAUCAGUAGGAAGUACUACAGUACUGUGUGUUAUGUUAAGCCUGCUUGUUUUUUUUUGUACUGCAUGUACUUUUACAUGUAUUUAUUUGUGGACCAUCGGUAAAUGCUGAACUUUAACUAUAGUUAUAUAUAUAUAUAUAUUAGAGUAUUUUGUCAAUAACAGAUCGUUAAAAACAUGAAAUAGUCGCAGUAAUAUUCAGAGUAAAUGAAGGCGGGGAAAAGUCUUUGUAUUUUUUUUUUUUACAAAAACACAGCGUGUUAAACAACAUUCACUCC